AUGAAGGGCACGGACAAGAAAUUCCGCAAGACUGUGGAUGAGCCGACCAUGAGCGAUGCCACGCUCCUGCUUAAGGUCGAAGACUUCAUCGCUGUUGCUUUCGGAAAACUUGCUUCAAAUACCGUCAACUUCACAAUGUUACGUCACAUUCUAUACAUAUUAGCAACUCAGAUGCGACUCCUGGAGCAAGAUGUUGAAAUUAGAUUCUCCGAAGAGGAUGAUAUAUUAAUGAAAUUAAAAGAGCUGUAUGGCAUCAAAGAUGAAGAAGAAGGGAACGUUGAAGUGGAGGAAGAAGAAAGAGAGGAAGAACUAGAUAAACGUAGACUGAGUUUGAAAGGUGAUAAACAAGCAAAAGAGGAGAAAAAUGGAAAGACAAAGGAUAAAAAAGGAUCAUCGGAUUUAUUAAAACCUGUGGCAUCGCAAGAUAAACCUGAGCCUAUUAGAAUAUCUAUAGAUACGCCAGCCACUACUGCAUCUCAAGGUCAAGUCGACGCAGAAGAGGAGAAAGCGGAAGGUUCUGUCACUCGUAUCGGUAGUAUCGAAGUCGUGACACCUGCCAAAUUCCAAACCUUGCAGAAUUUAGUUGAAGAAUUAUUGAAUAGAAUGGGAGAUGCGCCGCUACCCACCAUGCCAUCUAAUGAGGAUCUGUUGGCUGAGUUGGCUAAAGGCACUGCUUCGCUUACUGACACUAUGGAGGCUAUGCAGGUGAGUGAGCGAGUAGAAACUGCUGAAAAGGUCAUCACUAAGAUGGCUGAGGUGUUAACCCUGUUGGCUUUGUCAGGGGCUCUGCCACCAGAAGUGGCUGAAACAAUCGCAAUGAUUCAAGAGGAUAUGCAGAAGUUAGCGCUUGGCGCUGAUCCUGAGUCUCUCGGCGAAGCUUUGGAGGCUCCCUCACAACCAAUCGAAGGAAUAUCCACUGCGUCAGCCCUCGCAGAGAGCGAGCCUGAGAAAGUGACACAUCCAGAACUGCAGGAUGUCCUGGAUGCCACGCGAGAAGAGUUGAUGCAGAACUUGACAAUAUUGGUCGCUAAAGCCGAGUUGAAUAAUGAAAGAACACACGAAUCAGCGCAGGAAAUCGAGGACAACAUGGAAAUAGCUAAGAGUCUCAAUGGACGUAUCAGCAAACUGCAGUCCAUGACUGACAAGGAACACGAGCUACUCGAUGGUUUUGAUGUCGAGAUGCUUGCUCAAGUGGAAGCCUUUAAUGGACAUAUUAGUAAAUUGCGAGAUGAACUAACAGAUGGAAUUAUCCAGCUCGAUUCUAUUAACAAUAACGCUGAAGCCCUUGCGUUGGCCUCCCUCGGGGUCGGUUACGAAAAUCUUAUGGUCGGGUUAGAACAAGCAACAAAUUCGCACGGAGGACUCGUGAUGGCGCAGAAACAACUCACUGAUGAAUUAAAAUUUCUAGUUAGUGCUGUUGAUUUAAUGAAGGAGGAAAAGGCUGAUCGUGAUGAAGUGGCUGACGGGUUAAAGGAUAAGGCCAAUGUGUCCCGCCUGAGAGGCCUUGUUAAGCAGACGACCUUCGAAGAAACUCGACAUAACCUGGACAAUAUUAUGACCGACUCUCACGACAAAUUUUCUAAACAGGAGCAGGGUUGGAUGAAUGCUUUAAAAGAACUGAACGAAGUAAUUAAGAAAAAGGCAAGCAUCAUGGAUAUAUUGUCACUGAGAGAAACCGCGAUGCAAAGUCUCAACGAAAAUUAUGAAUUCUUGCGUAGACUCGAAGCAUUACUUGGCGAUCCUCAGAUUGCUAUUCUGACACGUAAGUUGUCCCGGAACGCGUAUUGCGGCCCUUGCGUGACUCCAGCGCUAAUGGACAUAUUCGACAAGCGUAGCGGAGCACCCCCCAAGCUACCGGCCUUGCUGCGGCAUAAAGAAGUUGAAGAGACGGGCCCUGAUAAUGAAGUCAGAAAGCCUGAUGAUACCGGCAAGCACAUUUGUAAGCGUUUCGUGGGCGGCUCGCACACUCUUCUCACGGAGCGUGGGUCACACGAGCACACCUCCGUCACACCAGACAACGCCGUACCCACGAAGCAGUACACCGGCUACGGGAUCGAUGGACGCCUAUAUCUGAUGGAGGAGGAGCUGGAACCUUGCGUCGAAUGCAGCAAGCUGCCCUCAGUAAAAUUUGAAGGUGUAUAG